CUACCAACUCUCGUGCUGCAUGCAUACGGCACACACACAGAGUGCAUGCUUUCGCUCCCCCUUUAGAUAGCCAUCUGCUCAUUAUUGGAUAUUUACCUCUUUGAGCGACGGCACCGCCCAGGUCAGUAUCAUUUCCGGCCGCCAAGUCGAGCGCGCCUCCAUGCGAACAUAAUUGCCCACAGAGGCUCCUACAAAGGGUGAUGGGUUCUGGAAGUUGCGAGGCUGCUCGCACGUGCCGCUGCGGAUGUCAUGGAAACGGCUCUCGAUGAGAAGGUGCUGCUCAUCCAGCGACAAGCCACACCUGCAUGGCAAGAGAGACAUUUGAUGCAACCGAUGGCUGGCUCUCUUUGCGUCUUGGUGAUGCGGCGUGCCUGAGAACGACGGUCAUCCGCUCAGCACAGUAGAACCUUCGGUGGAAGUCACGCAGAGCUGCAGCCAUGUCGAUACCCUGAGAGAGCAGGACAGGUGAGUCAUCCAUUCCCUCCCGGCUUCACGCGUGUGUGUAUGUGCGCGUGUGUAUGUGUACCUUGGCCUUUGGCACGUCAUAGAGGAGUGUAAGGUUGCCCGUUCCAAAGUGGUGGAGCGGCGACCGCUCGUCCGCCAGCUGGUUGACCAGCUCAGACACCACCCUGUCCUGAUUCACCAGAUUCUCACGAUGCUCCUCGUCGACCGCAUGAACCUGACACACACAGCCACCCAGGCAGGCACACUUAGUACGCGAAUUAUGGCGGCCCUCACCUCUCUCUCGUAGACAGUGGUGUUGAAUAGCGGUUCACUCAAGGCGGCGCUGAAGCGGGCCAGGCUGCCAUUAAGCCCUUCCAGACCCACCUUAGCAAAGUAGACGGUGGCCUCUGCCUCCGUGCGAGCAUUGGCCGAACCGCGAUGGCUCGACAGGAACUCAUCGACCUCGUUCUCUGCUGGGAACUCCUUGCUGCCCAGAAACAUCUGCGCCACACACAGGCAGACAGCCGCUUCUCUUUGCUCUCCUCUCUCCACCCACCAUGUGUUCCAUGAGAUGAGCCAAUCCAGGCAGCUCGGGAGGGUCACUGCAGGCGAGCACACCAUGCAAUGUAAUAGACAUCGAUUUGCAAUGCAUUGACAUGGCCAUACACACAUGCAUUGUGCACCCACCUGAAGUAUCCCACGUUGACUGCGAUGGCGAAGGCGGCAUCCAUUGUGCGAUUGUCAUACACCGACAUCAGCCGAAUGCCGUUACUCAGCGUUGUCAU